AUGGAGGUCGAGAGAAAAAUAAUCCUAUGCUUAUUGAUGAGCAUCACUAUUGGGUAUUACAGAACUGAAGGCAGAGACCCUGUGCUGCACAGGGUUGGAGGAGGAAGGUAUAGUUGGGCACCACAAUUUAACCUUACAGAGUGGGCAAGUCAUGAGCAAUUCUACAAGGGUGAUUGGCUAUAUUUUGGUUUUGACAAGCACAUCUACAAUGUUCUGGAGGUGAACAAAACAAGUUAUGACAAAUGCAUUGACACAUGCUUCAUAAACAACAUCACAAGAGGAGGGAGAGAUGUUUACCAACUCUUGGAAGCAAGGCCAUACUAUUUCCUCAGUGGCAGAGGCUUCUGCUUUCAUGGAAUGAGGGUUGCAAUAAACGUUGAAGAGCCCGCACCAGCACCACCUUUGACCAACAAGGCCUUUCCAUCAAGUAAAAUGAGGCAUGCUAAACCGCUUGUGCCUCUGGCUACAGCUUUGGCUUGGACCUUCAUAUAG